AUGCGACGGCGCGGCCCUCUGUUCCUGGGUGGACACAGUGCUCCCUGCGGUGCACGAGGCGUCUCUCUGUGCGUCGUCGGUGGGUCCCAUGUCGUUCUCGACAGACACAUCAACAUUCUCAUCUCUCUCCAACACACUCCACACAUUUCUCAAUUCAAAGAGGCCGGUCCUCUUCUCCCAACACACCACAUUCUUUCACCAUGGGCCUCCUCAGGCGCAGCAGGCGAGACAACAACAACUCGUCAAAGCCAAAGCCCGCCAAGCAGCAGCGUAGUGAGUCCACCCACACCCAGCGUCCCGCGUCCCCAACUCGCUCGCCCCACGCUGUCUGUCACAUUGUGUGCCGACAACACGCGCCCUUUGCGUUCCAGUGAACACGACCGCUCACACACCCCAGGCUCAGGUGGAGGUCUCUUCGCCAGGCUCUUUGGUCGCAAGCGAGCACCGGACCCGAUCAACGUCAGUGCCGCGGCACGCAGGCGGUCGGGCGCGUACGACCGCGAUGGCCGCCAGAGUCCUGCCGUGGCCGCCCCAGCGGCGGCUCCGCUGUAUGCCAAGAUGGCAACGACCCUCCCUCCCAUCGAGACCACUCCGGUUGCGGCCAUGUUCGCGGCGUCGUCCCUCCCACCGAGGACAACGUCCGAGAAGGAGGCACCCCCGCCCUUGCCCCCCAAACCGGACACAGCCAACGCAGCGGCCGCCGCCAUCGCCCCGCCUCCGGCUGCCACCCCACGCGCCACCCCCGCACCAGCGGCCCUGGCAACUGGUCCAGUGUCCGCCAGUGCCGACGCUGAACGCAGUCAGUCGCCUCCAGACGAGUCCGCUGCCAGCCGCGUCGCGUCGCCGGCCCCGCGUCCGGCCAGUGCGGCCGACACGCUGGCCAUGAACCGCCCGCUCAGCUUUAGCCCCGACCUCCUUGGCGAGACGCGUUUCUCACUCCCUCCGCAGCAGCAGCCAGAACUCGCCGCCGUCAACGAGGUCACGCCUCGCGUUGUGACUGUCUCGUCGGUUCCUAGUGGCCUGGUUAGCGACAGCACUCCUACGUCGCCUCUCUCUGCGACCGGGGAGUCUGUCCACAGCCUUCCCGGUGCGCCAAUUCUUCGUUCCGCCGUUGGCUCCAUUACCAUGCGCAAUGUCCCUGCAGUCACUCGCCACAGCAUGAUUCCCUCGCAUGGUGGCAAGCGCGGUUCGACCACUGGCGAAGGCAUGUUUGACCAGGCCGACGCCCCGCCCGUUCCCGCGCUUGGGGUUGACGAACCCAUGUCCAAGCGUAUGUCCUCGUUACUGUCCCACGGGUCAGAAUCCGAGGCUUCGUUUGGUUCUGCGCCGCCGCCGCCGCCCGAGCGCGCUGCCGCCCCCGCCAUUCUUUCCAACGAAGAGGACGUCGUCGCCUCGCCGAUCGACAUGUCCCCCAGCAGCGCCCGUCCUGUUUCUAUGCUCCCUACUGCCAUUGCCGUUCCCGUGGUCGAGACGGUGGUCGAGCAGCCUGCUCCCGCUGAAGAGACCACCCCUGUCGCCAAUGACGAUCUUCAGGUCGACGUCCCCGAGACGCCGGCUGUCACACUCUCCUUUGAAGACUCUCCCCUGUCGCCACUGAGCCUUGCUGCGGCUUCUGCCUCGGCAGAGAGCCAGGCGGCCAAGGCCGUUUCUCCCACCGAGGCCGCCCCCGAGGCUGUCGAGGUGGAGCCAGAGGCCAAGAUUAUGGAGACGACGGCCAUGGCCAUUGACGUGUUUCCCGCGUCCCCCACACUCGCUUCCCCAACCUCCUCCAUGUCUGCCAGGAGCCGACUCUCGCCUCCUCAGAUCAACGUCGGCUCUUACGCCGACUUUGACGCGAACCACUCCCUGUCCGAUCUGCCACCUUCACCCAUCUCCCCAGGCGACACGCCUAUUGUCACCCCCGAGUUCAAGGCCAACACUGCUCUGCCAGUCAAGCCUGAACUACCACCAAAGGACUUGCCCGUCGUCCCUCCAAAGGACACCCCGGGUCCCUCACUCGUUACCCCGCCUGCGCGCUCCGCCAGCGUCCGCACGCCUACCCGUAACACGAGCCUGCGCCGUUCUGGUCGCGAUGCAGCUGCGCUCGACACCCAGUCCAGCGCCGACGCCAACCUCCCGCCCGUCUCGGGCAAGUUCCCCGCCUCGCUCAGCAAGACGCGCUCCGUCUCGGGCCAGGCCGCCGCACCAUCAUCCACCGCCAACACCCCGCAGCGCGCACGAACCCUCACCCCACGACGCGCCGUCACGUCCCCCUCCACGGCCCCCAGCUCGCCCGGCGGCGAAGAGGCCCCCAACCUCGACGACUUUAUGGGCCUGUUCAAGACGGUCAUCAGCCGCGAAAAGGGCAUGAGUAUUCGUGAUGCCGCCAAAACCGCCGAAAAGUUCAAGGAGAUGCAGGCGGCCCAGGCCGCCGAGUCGUGA